GUCGGAAGACCUGUGCUGCAUUAAGUUAUUUGUUAUAUCGUUUCUUCAUAUAACAACGUUCGUCAUUCAUUUUCCUUUCUGCACGGCAAGAUAAGUCAAUCACGUGGUCUAUCACCUGGUGAUAGGUUCACCUUCUUUUUUACGUUCAACUUUAUCAAGUUGGAAUUUGACCGAAGGUCAAAAUAUGUUUGAUUUAUUCGGAAUUCUGGAUUCGUCGUAGCGUCUCCAAGCGAUCGUCGAUUCGUCUCCCUUCUACCUACCUUCGUUUCUCACUUGUUGACAUUUUUUUUCUUUCCCUUCUCUUGUCAGACGAAUGUUACAAUCGGACAAACAACCGUGGUAGUAAGUUAGGAGUGAAACUCCGAUAUUACAUAUAUACCAGAAUUUUCGAUCAACACGCGACUUCUCUCUUGCCAGUGAAAUACGCUUCUCAUCAUGGCAGUCGAGUCGAGAUGGAUGCCGUGUCAGUUGAAAAUUGAACCGAAUAUCUGCAGCUGCGACUACGAUGGUAUAAUCUUGGUCUCCGGGAGUGCGCCUGGUUUCGAUGAGCCAGAACCGUUCAAAACGGUCCUCUAUAGCGCUGCACAGAUCGAUUCCGCCCUCGGUGUAAUCGGUGCUGUCUUGUCGAUCAACCUGCCUGCGAAAAGACUUAUUUAUAGUCCAACUGGACCACUCAACAUGGAUUAUCAUGAUGUACGAAGCUUUGGCGAGGCCGCCACGAAGGGUAUCGUACGAGCUCUCAAAGCUGGCGUGAGAUGUCCGUUGCUAGCACUUCUACCAGAUGUCCGUUUCGAAAACGUUGAACUGGUAACAUUGCUCGGUGCUCUGGAAGGUCUCUAUGUGCCUCUCGAGGUAAGAGAGAUAUGUCCUGAACGUUGCUACAAGGCAUGUCAACUAGCAGUCUGGAGUCCAAUUUGCAGCAAAAAACUCCAGGGUAUAGUGAAACUAGCCUCAGCCUUGGAAAGUGGCAGAUACGUCGCAAGGGACAUCGGUGGAGCUGAUCCAGAGAGAAUGGCACCGCCGAGAGUGGAAGAGUACUUGGCCGAAUUGUUUUGCGGUUCGAAUGUGACAAUGCAGGUGAUAUCUGAUCAGGAUACCUUGCUUCAGGAGUAUCCUCUCUUUGCCUGUGUCAAUCGGGCAGCCUCAGUAAUACCGCGUCAUGCCGGCAGAAUCAUCUUCCUGACUUACGAACCACAGAAUCCUGCCUGCGUUCUAGAGACUGUAAUGCUUGUAGGGAAAGGUGUCACUUACGAUACCGGUGGUACGGACAUUAAAUGUCAAGGGGCUAUGUACGGUAUGUCGAGAGACAAGUGCGGGGCUGCUGCCUGUGCGGGAUUUAUGCAGGUAGUGAAUCUUUUACAACCACCGACAGUAAAGGUAGUAGCUGCACUGUGCGUACUCAGAAACAGCGUCGGUGAGAAUUCCUAUGUUGCCGACGAGAUAAUAACUGCAAAAUCUGGAGUGAGAGUACGCGUUGGUAACACAGAUGCCGAAGGUCGCAUGGCCAUGGCUGAUGCGCUUUGUCAUAUUAAAGAAAUGGCACUUUGCUCGGUGAAUCCUCACAUCUUUACGGUGGCGACCUUGACCGGUCAUGCUCAUUUAUCGGCUGGUACUGGAUAUUCCAUUGCCAUGGACAACGCCGUAGCCAGGCUGGUUAGUAACGCAGAAAAGCUUCAAGCUUCAGGUGAGACAAUAGGUGAUCCCUUCGAGAUAUCCAGAAUACGCAGAGAGGAUUUCCGUCUCCAUGAGGGACGUUCGGAGGGAGACGACGUGUUACAGGCAGUAAACAAAUCAAGUGUGAGAACGGAAAGAGGUCAUCAGGGACCUUCAGCCUUUCUGAUUAUGACCUCUGGCUUAGACAAAAAUGGUACUCAUUCCGAGAAGCCGCUAAAAUACUGUCAUCUGGAUAUAGCCGGUAAUGCCGGUGAUAUUCCAACUCAACCAACAGGUUCACCGAUCUUGGCAUUGGCUAAACGAUUUCUUCUGGAUAAAAUUAUGCCUUCCUAGGGCAACAAGAAAAGUACAAAAAAGUGAUAACGAGUAUAUUUUUCAGGACCUCUGGAAGACUAUCUACCUUUCCCCAUUAUUUCGAACGACUCAUAUUUCUUAAUGUUAUCCCACGUUUUUUCCAAAAUCCUUAAUCUUUACUUUAUUCCAGUUUUCGAUUAUUAACGAAUUACUUUCGAACUGAUGAACGCAUAUUUUUUUUUUUUGUUAAUAUUUAAAAUUAUAUUUUUUAAAUAUCGUUAUCGAUGUGGCUGUCAGCUAAAGCAAUAUAUUAUGUACUGUCACUUUCUUUCAGA